GUCAAACGCACGCGUGGUAGGUAGACACUGGUGGCUUGCUGAUCCUCAUAAAACGGCCAUAGUAUAGCCACUGUAAUGUCUCGAGGGGGAGGCGAGCCGCAAUUUAGCUACGAGGAUCACUUCACACCCGCGCGCACGCGGAAGAAACGCAAGAACAGGCAGCCAGCAGAUCUUCCCGACCCCACAGUCCUCCUAGAAAAGACGUCGGAAGAACUCGCUCGGACGAAUUGGUUGCGAGACACCCAGCAGGCACUGCGCGAAUCCCUCGAAGGGGCAUUCGCCCUCGAGUCGGACGUCGUCCCGGACGUCCUGUGCCUCGGGCUUGGGAGCCCUGCAUCGUCGCGUGAUGCCCGUGCUCAACUUGCAUUCCUCCUUGCAGCGUGCGACGAUCUGCGCAUACCACGCAAGAACGUGUACGUCUUCGACCCCGUAUUCACGGACCAGGAUCGCGAGCUUCUCGCGCAGCUCGGCUUGACUUCUCUCCCCGAGAACCGCGUGGCCCGGCACAGAGUACAAUCGCCCACGAUUGUCUUCAUGCCGCAUUGCGACCUUCACCUCUAUGACAAUCUCUUCCGCGAGAACUGGGGCAAGGAGCAGCUGCCCCGCAUACUCCUGAUCGCCAAUCGCCUAAGCGAGUAUGCUGCAAACAUCCCAUCAAGGAAGCUCAACGCGGAGUAUCCGUGCGUCGCACGUCUCGCACCCUAUCUGACCAGCCGGCCGCUGCAGCCGAGCGUCGCGUUCCCCACCGCCUUCAACAACACCGCGUUCCAGUUCGUGAGCGCCGGAAGCCUGGCGGAACGAAGCCUUGGCGACGGCGAGGACGCGCCCGACUGGUGGACGCUCCCCCCGAUGACGACGACAGCCACUGAGACCGUGGAGGCGUCAGAGGCCGUUCACAGCGUGGGUCCCGGUGACGAUAUCGCGACGCCCGGGGCCGGAUCCUAUUCUGAACCCAAGCAGCCGAGGGUUGGUAGUGCGGACGCCAGUCCGACGUCGGCCUCGCGAUCGGCGAUGCCCAUUACGGAGGCGCCAAGUGCGUCGUAGCCUUGCUCGACGGCAGUGAUGUGCCGGUCGACACCGGGUUGUCGUCGACUUUUGUCGACUUGUCAACUGAUGACGAAGGCUACAGGUGCACAAAAGCGCACGUCAACUUUCGCACAGGGCGGUCUACCUGUGCAGGCGCCCAGGCACUGUAUAUGAUUGGGCGACGCGCUAUCGCGAACGCGUUCAAUCGACAUAUUGGGAUUACUCUGUCGAUUUUGCUGCAACUCUUUGACUCCCGCCAUCGAUGGGCUCUAGCUUAUUCCCCCUUCAUGUAGUGCUCUGUAUACCUCGUAGCUAAUGAAUACGUCCU